AUGGGAAAGCCGGAGUACGAGGGAAGGACGGGCCGCGGAUCAAUUAUCCGUAUAGCCACACAAACGUCACCGGCCCAAGUCAUACCACAACAACCGGCAUUCUACCCUCCGCAAACGCUGACGCCGACACAGGCCCAGAUGGAGGCAACAUACGCCGCUAUCGCGGCUUUGAACUUGGCCUCCCCACAGCGUGGGCCCACACCGCCCAACGGCGGUGGUGGUGGCUAUGGCCAGGCCCGGAAUCAGGGCAACUUUGGCUAUAGCCAGGGCAAUGGCGGUGGAGGACCAAAAGGUAAUUUCUCCAAAGACCAAAACGCCAGCUUCACCGGAAGCCAAGGCGGCUACGGAGGAAAAAACCGAAGCCCGGGGAGUGGCGAGGGCCAAACCGGCCAACGUCAAACAUUAACCCCCGAACAGGCCCAUAAACAAGAAGACAUGUACAUCGACCGAGUCGAGCGCAUGUUCGAACGAUGGGCCAAAGACGGAAUAAUUACUUGCAGCCACUGCCUGUGGGGAAACCAUACAACCAAAGGCUGUGGCUAUGCAAACAGGCCAUACGGCGAAAAUCCAAACCGAAAGUGGUACUUGGAUUGGCGGGGCCGUUACACAAAGGGCUACCCUACCGGGUCAGCAAACCCUAACCUCUUCGGCUUAGUGCCACCCAAACAACCCAGACCACAACGUGGUAAUGGGGGGAAUGGCAGCCGAAGACAGUCCACCGGCUCAAGAAAUGGGUCUGGUGGCGGCAAUCGCCAGAAUGGUCCAAAACAGGGAUACCAAACGCCAGCCAAUGAAAGGCUAGCGCUACCACCCAUACCGGACCAGCUGGUGAAGCCAAAUGGCAACGGCGGUGGCCCUAACCGGGCCAGCCCCACCACGGGAAACGCUUAA